AUGGAAUCGACUUCAACCAAGAAUGCAGUCGGCCAAACUCUAAACGGGCAAGGGGCAUCGGCUUCCAAUUUUCAAGUCCCUGGUAUAGGGAUGAACUAUAAGGAUGCUCGCUUUUAUCGGAAGUACAUACUAGACCGUAAAAGAAAACGAUCAUCGCAAUGGUCGAAUGUACAAGAUACCAAUGGUAUGUAUUAUAAUUUCACUGUUGUUGAUGACACCAUCUUACAGCUCGAACAUGAUAAUGUUGCAAAAAAGAUCAAGUUCAGGGAUGCCCGUAAAAAUCGAAAAACAAUUCUUGAUAGAAAAUGUAAACGCGUGACGCAAGGGACACAACUGGAAGACAAAGGAGGAGCAUUCACUUUUGCAUAUAAAUGUCAUGGUAUGGGGAUGAAAUUCAAGGACGCCCGUAUGUAUCGGAAGUACAUGUUAGAUCGUAAAAGAAAACGAACGACGAAAGGAUCAUGUUUUCAAGAUAACAUUGAGAAUGUUAUACAGAGGAUAAAGUUCAGAGAUGCCCGUGGGUAUCGAAAGUCCAUUCUUGAUCAAAGGCGUAAACGCGGCACGCAAAGUAAACAACUGGGAAACAUAAGAGAUAUAGUUCAUAAUUGUGGUAAGCCUUCCUAUGAAUGCGAGCAUUGUGGUGCAAUGUUAUGGUAUGAAGAAAGGACAUUGAAGUCAAAGCAACCAACACACCCAAAAUUUUCCAUCUGUUGUAUGUCUGGCAGAGUUCAAUUUCCUUUUUUGAAAGAAGCUCCAGAACCCUUGGCGUCCUUGCUAAAUGAUCAUACUAGCAUACAAUCAUCUCGAUUCAUGAAGAUUAUAAGAACGUGUAAUGCUGCGUUUGCUUUCACUUCGAUGGGAGGCCAUGUUGACAUGCAGAUAAAUAACAGCAAUGGACCUUAUGUUUUCCAGCUUAACGGCCAAAAUCACCAUCUUAUUGGUUCGCUAAUACCAGACCAAGGGAAGAAGCCAUGUUUUGCACAGCUCUAUAUCUAUGACACAGAAAAUGAACUUCAGAAUCGCAUCGAUGCAGUUUCAUAUGAAAGAUCCCAACAAGGUUUGGACUUGGUAUUGAUAAAAUCGCUUUUGGCAAUGCUCGAUGAACAUAAUAUUUUGGUGAAAACCUUCAGGAUGGCUAGAGACAGAUUCAAAAGUGGUGACUUGCAUGACGUUAAACUAUGUUUGUAUAGUUCAAGGUCACGUGAAGGAAGGGAAUAUAGCCUCCCUUCGAGCACGGAAGUUGCUGGGCUUAUUGUUGGGGAUUUCAAUCCCGAAAAUCCGUACAGAGAUGUUGUUGUCCACCAUCAAGCAAAGGGUCUGCAACGAAUUACGGAGAUGCACCCAAGUUUUAUGGCACUACAAUACCCAUUGCUAUUUCCUUAUGGGGAAGAUGGUUACAGAGAUGAUAUUAGAUAUAAGGAAAUCAUAGGGUUUGAAAAUCUAAAAAGAGGCUUUGUCACAAUGAGGGAAUAUUAUGCACGUCAAAUACAACAACGAAAAAUGGAAGCUCACACCUUAUUGAACGGAGGAAAAUUAUUUUUACAGUAUGUCGUUGAUGCCUAUACGUGCAUAGAGGAACAAAGGUUGAGAUUUAUCAGGACACAUCAGGAUACACUUCGCUCUGAGUUAUAUUCAGGUUUGCAUGAUGCUGUAACCCGUGGUGAUGUUAUAGCUGAAGAGAUAGGCAAGCGAACAUUAUUACCAUCCUCCCAUACUGGAAGUCCAAGAUACAGAAUACAAAACUAUCAAGAUGCAAUGGCAAUAUGCAGGUGGGCUGGCUGUCCAGAUCUCUUUAUUACUUUUACGUGCAAUCCAAAGUGGCCAGAGAUACAAUACAUGUUGGGUGCCAUUGGACAAACCAAUGCUUCGAUGAGACCAGAUAUAGUUGACCGAGUUUUUCAAAUAAAACUCCAUGAACUGAUGAACGAUAUCAAAAAGAAUAAACAUUUUGGGCGUACAAUUGCAGUAUUGUACACCAUCGAAUUCCAAAAACGAGGACUACCACAUGCUCAUAUUUUGGUAUUUCUACACCCUGACGAUAAGUGUCCAACUACAACUCAUAUUGACAAGAUUAUCUCAGCAGAAAUUCCAAACAACAGCCAAGACUGUCAGGGCUAUUUAGCGGUACAGAACUAUAUGAUUCAUGGUCCUUGUGGAGUUCUAAAUCCUAAUGCACCAUGCAUGAAAGAAAAGAAGUGCGCAAAGCACUUCCCAAAAAAAUAUUACAGUGAAACAACCAUCGAUGGAAAUGGAUUUCCCAUCUAUAGGAGAAGAAAAACAGGGGCAUCAGUUACCAAAAGAGACGUUUGUUUGGACAACCAGUAUGUUGUGCCAUAUAAUAGGGAUUUGUUGGUAAAAUACCAAGCUCACUUGAACGUCGAAUUAUGCAACCAUUCAAGGUCUAUAAAGUAUCUGUUCAAGUAUGUAAACAAACAACCAGACAGGGCAACUGCUAUAUUACAGCUUGGAAUAGAUAAGGUGGAUGGCCAAAAGCGUCCAAGUUCCCAGAAUAUUGAUGAAAUCAAGCAGUACGUGGAUUGCCGAUAUAUCUCUGCAACUGAGGCCUGUUGGAGAAUUUUCCAGUUUAAUAUUAAUUAUAGAGAGCCAGCAGUUGAAAGGUUGAGUUUCCACUUGCCCAAUCAACAAAAUAUCAUUUUCCAAGAUGGUUCAGUCUUAGAAGACGUAGUAGACAAUGAUAGGGUAGGAAAAACAAUUUUCACUGAAUGGAUGGUUUGCAAUCAAAGACAUCAUGAAGCCCGUGAAUUGAGUUAUUUAGAAUUUCCUACCAAAUGGGUGUGGCACAAUGCAGAACGUACAUGGAAGAAAAGAAAAUCAGGAAAGUGCAUUGGUCGGAUUUAUUACACACAUCCAACAAGUGGAGAGCGAUAUUACUUAAGAAUGUUGUUGAAUUUUGUGAAAGGAGCAACAUCUUUUGAGGAUAUAAGAACUGUUGAUGGUGUGGUGUAUGGUACAUUCAAAGAGGCUUGCUAUGCUUUGGGAUUGCUUGGGGAUGACAAAGAAUGGUCCGAAUGUCUAGAAGAAGUUGCAAUUUGGGCUACUGGUGAACAGGUGCGUCAACUAUUCGCAACUUUGUUAUUGUUUUGUGAAGUGUCUAAUCCAUACGCAUUAUGGACUAAACAUUCAGAAAUCUUGGUUGAUGGAAUUCUAUAUAACAAACAAAAAGCUUUGAACUUUCCAGAACUACAACUUAGUGAAAUGCAAAUACAAAAUUAUGCAUUGCAUGAGGUGGAUCAGAUUUUGAAAAAGAACGGAAAGUCCUUAAGCGACUUUGACGGCAUGCCAAUUCCUAAACAGAAUUUGGCUACUGAUUUAAGCAAUAGGUUAGUUUGUGAGGAGUUAAAUUAUGACAGGGAUUCAUUGGGAAAGAAAUUUGCAAAAUUAUAUUCAAGUUUGAAUAUAGAACAAGUGGAAGCAUAUGAUGCUAUCAUGGAAUCUGUUGACAAUAAAACGGGAAAGACAUUCUUUUUGAGUGGUUACGGAGGAACAGGCAAAACUUUCUUGUGGGAAACCAUAGUGUCAAAGCUUAGAUCCGAAGGCAGAAUUGUCAUUGUUGUUGCUUCAUCUGGCAUUGCAGCAUUGUUGCUACCUGGUGGAAGAACAGCACACUCUCGCUUCCGUAUUCCAAUCGAUGCUUCUGAAGAGUCGACAUGUGAUAUAAAACAAGGUACACAAUUGUCAGAGCUCAUUUGCAAAACCAGUUUGAUUAUUUGGGACGAAGCACCAAUGGCAAACAAAUAUUGUUUUGAAAGCCUCGACAAGACGUUAAGAGAUAUACUACGCAACACCUUUGAAAAAAGUUCAAAUAGGCCAUUUGGAGGAUUAACGACAGUUCUAGGAGGAGAUUUUAGGCAAAUCCUUCCAGUUGUACCCAAAGGGAGAAGAGAGGAUAUAAUCAAUGCUUCAAUUAAACGUUCAUAUCUAUGGAAUCACAUUGAAGUGUUAGAACUUACAGCAAACAUGAGAUUACAGGUUGCCUCCUCUAAAAUUAACAAGGAAGAAAUCCACAAAUUUGCAGAUUGGAUAGUGCAGAUUGGAGACGGUGUGGUCAAUACUGAUGACGAAAAUGGCUGGAUUGAAAUACCCAAUGAUAUCCUACUUGAGCCUGGUCCCAAUGCAUUUCAAACUGUAGUUGAUAGUAUAUAUCCUGGCUUAGCAGAACACUACAAUGAUACCAAAUACUUGAAGGAACGGGCUAUCCUUGCUCCGACGAAUGAGGUGGUUGAUGAUAUUAAUCAAUUCAUGGUCCAAAAAAUUCAGACAGAAGGGACUAUUUACAGAAGUUCAGAUAGUAUCUGUACUCAAUCUUCGGAUAUGAACAAUCUAGAUAUUUUGUACCCAACCGAAUUUCUAAACAGUUUGAAAAUAUCUGGUAUUCCCAAGCAUCAACUAACUUUGAAGGUUGGAUUGCCAAUUAUGUUGCUACGUAACAUAAAUCAAAGUAAGGGUUUGUGCAAUGGAACAAGGCUUAUCAUCACUCAACUCGGAAAGUGGUUUGUUCAGGCUGAAAUAAUUACCGGUACAAAUAUAGGAGAAAGAGUCUUUAUUCCAAGGAUUAUCUUAUCCUCGACGGACACAAGGUUGCCUUUCACAAUUAAAAGGAGACAAUUCCCAGUUGAUGUAUGUUUUGCAAUGACUAUCAACAAAAGCCAAGGGCAAACCCUGAAUAAUGUAGGGAUUUUCCUUUCAAGGCAAGUAUUCACACAUGGGCAAUUAUAUGUAGCCGUAUCAAGAGUAACAAACAGGAAAGGGCUCAAGAUAUUGCAAGAUGAUAAAGAAUCUGCAGCCAAAAACAGCGGACUUCACUCAAGGAUUAUUGGAACAAAAAGUGAAGAAGAACUAGAAAAGGCGAGUGACGAACAGAUUGAAUCAUAUUUGGAGCUCUAUGAUGCAGAACCAUUGCUUAUUUUGCAGAAACAAUAUAUGCUUCUGCAUAAUCAUUUUACUGGUGAAAUGAAGGGUUCUUAUACUUCAAAUCAACAUGUUCAAACUCUGAUAGGGAAUAUCAUUUUACUCUGA